CAGUGUAAAAUUGUGUAUUCACUGUGUAAUUUUCUUAUGAUAAAAUAGUAUAAAAAAAGUAUAGAAAGUGAAUUAGAAAAUUAGAUUAAACAAAUAGAUUGAUUAAGCAAAGUGUGAGAAAAAGAAAAUAUAGUAUCGUGCGUAUAUGUAUGAAAUGUAAUUUAUGAUUUAUAACCGUUAUGAAAUUUGUUAGGAAAAAAUUUGUUUAAGAAAGGAUGAUCGAUAAUUGAGGAUUUUAAUCAAAAGCGAAAGAUUUACAGAAUAAAAAUCGUGCAAUUUCCAUGUGUGUAGGACUAUUUGAUGGAAAAAUGUCGAACAUGACAAGCAUAUUAGUGAAAUUAUGUAUCCUGAUGCUUCUUUAUGAAUAUGCAACAUGUCUUGUUAUCCCGGAGGAGUUACCAACAAUACUUUCGUUGAUCUAUUCCAACAUUCCACCAAUCAAGAAAGGUACCGAUUCAAGGAUAGGCAUUGGUUUCCGGCUUGGCGAGCAUGCAGAUUUUCAAAUGUUAUUCGAAUUAGGACCGCAAAUGGAAACCGAACCCAUUGGUAAUACAGAUACUAAAAGGCGUCGAGAUGCGAUGCUCAGCGCAGCAGUGAAAGGAGACCUGGGUCCACUAGCUCAAGCGGUGGCUAAAUAUCAAUUGGAACAUAAAUUGCGGAAAGAAUUGGAAAAAUUAGAUAUGAUGGAGAAGAAGUUAAAAGUGGUUACAUCGGAAAAUAAUAAUAAGAAGACUACAGGCAGUGAAUGGUUAACGAAGUGGAGCAAAGAAAUGACAAAAUCAACCGAGGAUCAAGCAUCUGUGGAAAAUAUUUCAGGUGAAAAAAAUAAAUCAUCUAUAGAAACUCAAAGGAUAGGACAACCUCCAGAAUUGAACGGCGAUACUAUUUCUGAUUUAAAGAAAUUAUAUAAAUCGCAAAGUGCCAUAGAGGAAAAAGAAAGUUGAAGAACUUAUUUAUAAUGUGUUAGAAAAUAUAUUUUUUUAGAUAUUUGUAUUUAAUAAAAUUAUGGAUAAGUAUGUUUAUAGUACGUAUAUAGUGAAAGUGAAUAGUGAAAAGCAUAAAUUCAUUAUCACUAUAAAGAAUUUCAAGCAAACAGUUGCCAAUUAACAUUUUAACUCAUAAAAGUUUUUUUCUCAUACAUAAGAGAAUAACAAAGGUACUGGAUUUUUGUUUUAUGCAAAAAUAUAUAAAUAUAUA